ACCGUGUUUGAGAAUCACAGUUAUAAACAAAACACUUUGGGAAUUGCGAGGCACUGCAAAAAUAAAAAGUGGCUGUUAGUAUUCCCUCCCUGUUCCUUCAUUACCCUGCCUGCAUCAGGACUGUUGUGCAAGUGCUGGCCAUUCUCUUAUCAGCCCAUGUCAUUAUGUGCCUACAUCAUUUCACCCUCUUUCUAACCCAUUUCCUUGUCUCCUUCCGGUCUUUCACUCUCCAGCCCAUCAUCUAUUUUCUGAAUGAUCUUGCUAAAGCCCAGCCAUGGCCUUGUCACCCCUUGACGCAAAAGCUGUUAGAGGAUGUGUGUGGCCUACAGCUCAUCUCCUCAUCAUCUCCAGAAUCUGCCCCCCACUUCAUCUCCUGCUGCUUUCUUACCUGAGUCUUGUUCACUCAAGUGAUGGCUCUUAUGCAAGUUGCAUAAAGGGCUCGCAGUCCUUCACUUGGCUUUAGCAGAGGAAGAAUGAUUGAGCAUAGCCUCUCACUGUGCUACCGCAACAAACUCAUCUUAGCCCCUAUGGUUCGGGUAGGCACUCUUCCAAUGCGGCUGCUGGCCCUGGACUAUGGAGCGGACAUCGUGUACUGCGAGGAGCUGAUUGACCUCAAGAUGCUUCAGUGCAAGAGAGUUGUCAAUGAGGUGCUCAGCACAGUGGACUUUGUCGCCCCUGAUGACCGGGUAGUCUUCCGCACCUGCGAAAGAGAACAGAGCCGGGUUGUCUUCCAGAUGGGGACUUCAGAUGCAGAGCGAGCCCUUGCUGUGGCCAGACUUGUGGAAAAUGAUGUGGCUGGUAUUGAUGUAAACAUGGGCUGUCCAAAAGAGUAUUCCACCAAGGGAGGAAUGGGAGCUGCUCUGCUAUCAGACCCUGACAAGAUUGAGAAGAUCCUCAGCACUCUUGUCAAAGGGACACGCAGACCUGUGACCUGCAAGAUUCGCAUCCUGCCAUCGCUGGAAGAUACCUUGAGCCUUGUGAAGCGGAUAGAGAGGACUGGCAUUGCUGCUGUCACAGUUCACGGAAGGAAGCGGGAGGAACGACCUCAGCACCCUGUCAGCUGUGAAGCCAUCAGAGCCAUUGCUGAAGCCCUCUCCAUUCCUGUCAUAGCCAAUGGAGGAUCUCACGACCACAUCCAAAAGUAUUUGGACAUAGAGGACUUCCGACAAGCUACAGCAGCCUCUUCGGUGAUGGUGGCCCGAGCUGCCAUGUGGAACCCGUCCAUCUUUCUCAAGGAGGGUCUGCGACCCCUGGAGGAGGUCAUGCAGAAGUACAUCCGAUAUGCCAUACAGUAUGAGAACCACUACACCAACACCAAGUACUGCUUGUGCCAGAUGCUACGAGAACAGUUGGAGUCGCCCCAGGGAAGGUUGCUCCAUGCUGCCCAGUCUUCCCAGGAAAUUUGUGAGGCCUUUGGUCUUGGUGCCUUCUAUGAGGAGAUGACACGAGAGCUAAAUGCCCGGCGGGCUGAACUCUUGGCCAGAACCCCAGAGGCUGCGGCAGAACCAGCUGAAGACACCUCUGGUGUCAUUAAGAUGGCUGUCAAGUUUGACCGGAGAGCAUACUCACCCCAGAUUACCCCCAAGAUGUGCCUGCUAGAAUGGUGCCGGAAGGAGAAGCUGGCGCAGCCUGUGUAUGACACGGUUCAGCGCCCCCUGGAUCGCCUUUUCUGCUCUGUCGUGACGGUUGCUGAGCAAAAGUACCAGUCUACCUUGUGGGACAAGUCUAAGAAAUUGGCGGAGCAGGCUGCGGCCAUCGUCUGUCUGCGGAGCCGGGGCCUCCCUGAGGGUCGCCUGGGCGAGGAGAGCCCUUCCUGGCACAAGCGCAAGCGGGAGUCCAUUGACCAAGACCCUGAGGGUUCCAGAAAUCAGGAGCACACGGUGCCUGGGGAGCUGUGCAAGAAGCUCUUUGUGGCCUUGGGAAGUGGUGAAGAGAGCCCCCUGGGAGGCUGGUGAGCACUGUCCCUACCUUGGUCACCUGCUUCAGGAGCCUGGCCGUAAGAUGUCUGUGGGUGCAGACCAUGAACCAGAUGCCAUCGGACAAUUCUCUGACUGUUCCUGGCAGGAGUUACGAGGUCCUGACCUGGGCUGUCAGCCUGGAGCACAGGCUAAAGGGUGCCUAGGGUGCACAUCUCCCUUGGUGGGUCUGAGUAGCAAGGCCGAGUUCCCAGUGACCUCAGUAUUUUCUUUGAAAACAGGAGCUUUUCAGGUGGCGUCUCCUCAUCCUGACAUUGGAACAGUGCAAUAAAGAUCUGCCCAUCCUU